AUGUAUUACGUGGGAGAAUCCAGUGAUUAUGAAAGAGGGCAAGAAGAACACCGAGAGAAUAUUAAUAAAGUAAAUAAAGGUCCUGCUCCUACACAAUUAAAAUCUCUGUUAGCAGACCAUUAUGCGUUUGGCGACAAUUGUAAUACUGACUUU